CUGACCGAAAGCGCCUGAAUAUGUGUUUGCAGCAUAAAAAAUAUAUUGUUUAUAAUUGUAUUUUGCCAUAGUGGUGUUUCAUAAAGCGCAAUUAUAUGUUUACCUGCUCCAUCUGCUUUAUUACAUCUUUAAAUUGAAUAUUUACUUGUAAAACGAAUCUGGCGUUCAAAAAUGCGACCUAAAAAUAGCUUCAUAGAUGCAGGAAUGGACUUCUCGUUUAAGGACAAGUUUUCUCAAUUGACAGUUAUCUGAAGAAGUUCUCGGCCGGGUACGUUACAGACUUAAGUUCAGUGGCAUCUGGAGGACCUUUCCCCUUUGGUUUGGGGAAUUUAUUUCUCUUAUAUUAAGAGGGGUUCACGAAAGCUACAAGCUAGCUGUGUCAAACUUGACAGAGAUAACAGGAUGUCCGCUUUGUCACUAUACUGUUGGACUAAACUCCAGCUGAGAACACAGAACAUAAGGGCACUUCUUCAAAAGACAGUAUGUGUUUGUCCAAACCAAGACUCCAGACACCACAGCUCUGGACAGCUCAAAAGGAGGGUUGUUAUUACUGGCAUAGGGUUAGUGUGUCCUCUGGGAACAGGGAGUGCACUACCCUGGGACCGCCUGAUUAAAGGCCACAGUGGGAUUGUUGCUCUUGACUCAGAGGACUAUAAGACUGUUCCAUGUAAAGUGGCAGCACUGGUACCCCGAGGAAAUGAACAAGGUCACUUUAAGGAGGAGAGUUUUGCCUCUCGAGGGGAGAUUAACAGCAUGUCAUCAGCCACUGUAAUGGCCCUCGGAGCUGCUCAGCUGGCUCUGGAGGACUCAGGGUGGUACCCCAAAACUGCAGAGGAACAGUUUAAGACUGGGGUGGCUGUUGGCAUGGGCAUGGUGUCACUGGAGGAAAUUGCUCGCACCUCCAUUGCCUUCCACGAAAAGGGUUACAACAAAGUCAGUCCCUUCUUUGUGCCUCGCAUCCUUGUCAACAUGGCUGCUGGGCACAUAAGUAUCAAACACAAAUUGAAGGGUCCUAACCAUGCUGUGUCUACAGCAUGCACCACGGGUGCACACGCUGUAGGCGAUGCCGCCAGGUUCAUUGCCCACGGGGAUGCAGUUGCUAUGGUUACAGGGGGAACGGAAGCCUGUGUGGGGCCCCUGGCAGUAGCCGGCUUUGCCAGGGCACGCGCCCUCGCCACCAAAUGGAAUGACAACCCAACGCAGGCGUCAAGACCCUUUCACCCAGAGAGAGAGGGCUUUGUGAUGGGCGAAGGAGCAGCGGUGCUCCUUCUGGAGGAGCUGAACCAUGCAGUGAAAAGAGGAGCGAGGAUCUAUGCAGAGGUCCUGGGCUAUGGACUCUCAGGGGACGCCAGCCACAUCACUGCACCCACUGCAGACGGAGAUGGAGCGUUCAGAUGCAUGUCUGCGGCCCUCAGAGAUGCUGGCGUCUCACCAGCAGAUGUGACAUAUGUGAACGCUCACGCCACAUCCACGCCUUUGGGGGAUGCCGCUGAAAAUGCUGCGAUCAAGAGGCUCUUCCACCAAAGUGUCGAGAGCCUAGCUGUUUCCUCCACCAAGGGAGCCACCGGACAUCUACUCGGGGCUGCAGGGGCCCUGGAGGUAGCGUUCACUGCUUUGGCCUGCUACCACAGGGUCCUGCCCCCAACCCUCAACCUGGACCGCACUGAGCCAGAGUUCGACCUGAAUUAUGUUCCUUGCUCAGCACAGCCGUGGAGGGCCCAGGGCCGACGGGUGGCCCUCACAAACUCAUUUGGAUUUGGUGGCACCAACGCCUCAUUGUGUCUUGCCAGCAUCUGAGCAGCCUUGAGUGUCACUGAGUGAAUAUCUUUCAGUAGAAUUGAUCAGUACUACUACUGGUUGUUUGGACGAAGUUCUUAUGAACUGAUUUUAAAGGAAUAAAUACAAUAUUUCAACUACUACUUAAAAAAAAAUCUGAGAAAAGCACUAAA